UGGGGGUCAAUUUUAUUGUGCCUUUUAGUGGUUAACGGGACCCCCUAUUUCCAGAUGGAUAGUGUGCUGAUCGACGACCGUCGCAUUCACGUCAACUUCAGUCAGAGCGUUGCGAAGCUGUGGCGAAGAUUUCGCAAGUUUGGAACGCGCGACCAAAACGGUGAAGAUGCACCGGGAAAAGGAAGGUCUUGUUUCAAGUGUGGCAAAACUGGACAUAUUGCUCGUGAGUGUCUGGGGGUUGAUGCGGAUGACGAGGAGGAGCAGGCAGACACUGGGAGGCCCAAAUUUGAACUCAAGGAGAAAUACGGCGUUCAGAGAGGAGCGCCAUCGAAAACCUACGAACUGGUCUUGCCGGAAGAUGAGAGCAUCGAUGACGAUCGGAGAGAGAGGACUUCCCGACAUGAAGACGGAAAAGAGAAGCAUGUGCACCGAGAAGAGAGGAGUCGUCAUGCUGGUACAAAACGACGAAUGGACGAUGAUGGAAAGACAGAAAGGAGUCGGCGAAAUGGAGCUGAAGUUGUGCGCAGGAAGCGCGAAAGUGAUGAGUCCGGUGACGAUAGUAGCGAAGAGAAUGUGGAUCGUCAUCGCAGUCGUCGUCAUGAUCGGCAUCACGACCAUCCUCAUUGUCACCAUGGGCAGGCGACAAGAUGGGAUGUGAAGGCGGAAGCGCCACAAGAUAGAGUGAAGAAUGUGCGGACAGAAAACGUGGAAGAGGGAAAAAAGGGUACCGAAGAGACGUACAAGCACAAGGAGGGGAGUAAACGGAGCAAAAUUGAUGAUGAUUCGAGGGGGGUUCUGGGUACGGACGCGGAGGGCGACGGAGGAGAGGGACUGAGGACAAGAGGGGCAUAUUCGCCAAAGAGCGGCAACGGAAGGGGCAAGCGGAAAGAUGUUGACUCAGAGCCCGAGGGUCAAAAAAAGGGCCAUGAGAAAGAUAGGCGUUGUUUUGAAGGUGAGAGGAGGGGAAGACGUGAGGCGAGAGGAGAGGGAGAGGAAGGGAGACGUGAUGGGGGAGUAAGGGAUAGAGGAGAAACACGAGGAGACGAACAAAGGGAUAGGGGAGGGGGGGAAAGGGUACACCUGGAAGGGAGGCAGAGAGGAGAAAGGCGAGAGGAGGGAGAGGGGGGAUGGGGGGGAGGAGCGAGAAAGGAACGAGGACAAGAGUAUGAGGACAAGGAGAAAUACAGAAAGCGAUCAGACGUGCAGAGCGAGCAGGAUGAUUUUCGUGAACGGAAAAUCAACAGAGGGGAAAGAGUACAGCAGGGAGGGCGGCAGAGAGGAGAAAGGCGAGAGGACAGAGGAGGAGGACGGGGAGAAGGAGAGAGAAGGGAUGGAGGAGAAGAAUAUGAAGACAAAGACAAAUACAGGAAUCGAUUAGACGCACAACGCGAACAGAAUGAUGUUCGCCAACGGAACACCGACAGAAAGGAAAGGGUACACCCACUACACCAGGGAGGGAGGCACAGAGGAGAAAGGCGAGAGGAGGGAGAGGGAGGAUGGGGAGAAGGAGAGAGAAAGGAUAGAGGAGAAGAAUACGAGGACAAGGAGAAAUACAGGAAGCUAUCGAACUCGAAACGCGAGCAGGAUGAUGUCCGUGAACGGAAAACCGACAGAGGGGAAAGGGUACACCAGGGACAGAGGCACAGAGGAGAAAGCCAAGGGGACGGAGAUGGAGGAUGGGGAGAAAGAGAGAGAAAAGAUAGAGGACAAGAAUAUGAGGACAAGGAGAAAUACAGGAAGCAACGCGAGCAAGAUGAUGUCCAUGAACGGAAAACCGACAGAUCAAAAGAAGAGAGAAAACACAAGAGGAGAAGUCCGCAGACAUUUCAUGAGACAGAGGGCAGCCAGCGCCAGAGGGAUUUUGGUACUCAAGCUUACAAGCAGGGGGGACGGAGGAGCAUGGACGUUGAGAGUCCGAAGGAUAAGGAGAGAAUGCAGCAUCUCUCGCCUGAAGACAGAGAGAGACGAGGCGAGCACUCACGAGACAAGCAUCGCCAAGACGAGCUCAAAGUGAGAGAGAGAGACAAGGCGAGACGGGAGAGGCAGAGGGAGAAGGACAGAAGAGUGGGUGGUGGUGGUAAUUGGCUCCCGACUGGAAGAGGUGGAGGGGAGCUUGUUUCGGGAGGGGGCGGGGGGGGGGAGGCUUCCGGGCGGGGCACUUUUGGAGGUGAGCUUGUGUCGGGAGAGGGCAAGUUUGGAGGUGAGCUUGUCUCGGGAGCGGGCAAGUUUGGAGGUGAGCUUGUUUCGACAGGAGGUGGUGCUGCCUUUGGAGGGGGUAAUUCAGAAGGCGAACUCGUUUCAGGAGGCGGCAGCGCAGCCUUGGGAGAGGGUAACUCUGGAUGUGAACUUGGUUCAGCAGGGGGUGAUGAGAGCAAUGGGGAUGGUAGUGAGGAUGGGGUUGACGAUGGGGUUGGUAAUGGCGAUGAGGAUGGUGAAGACUCUGAGGCGAUGGCAUUAGGGGGUGGAGAUGGCGCCGAGGCCAGCUCCUCUGGUGCUAGCACUUGGGGCUUAUCAAGUGACUGGUUGAUAACUUGGGGCUCAAAUGUCACCCCCAAUCCUGAGGGAGAAGGGCCCGGUGAAGGUGAUGACGAUGGGGACGCUGUCGGUGGAGGGGUGCUAGGGCUUUGUAUAGGAGAAGGGGUAUUAGGGCUUUCUUCUGGAGGUGAAGGCUCUGGGGCAAGGGCCUGCAGAGUUUCAUGGGUUGGAGAUGGUGCCAAGGGCAGUUCCUCUGGUGCUAGAACUUGGGACUUAUCGAGGUGUGGAGAUGGUGCCAAGGUCAGUUCCUCUGGUGUUAGAACUUGGGACUUGCCAAAUAGGUCAUCGACAACUGGGGGCUCAAGUGGAAUUUCCAAUCCGAUGGGAGAAAGGCCCGGUGAUUGCAAUGAUGACGGGGAUGCUGCCAUCGGAGGGGUGUUAGGGCUUUGUUCUGCAGGGGAAGAGGUACUAGGGCUUUCUUCUGCAGGUGAAGGCUCUGGGGCAAGGGCUUCCGGUGCCUCAAGGGAUGAAGAUGGUGCCAAGGCCAGUUCCUCUGAUGACAGAACUUUGGACUGGUCAAGCAGAUCGUCGAUAACUGGGCGAUCAAGUGCACUCAACGAUGAUGAUGGGGAUGCUGCCGUCAUAGGGCUUUCUUCUGCAGGUGAAGACUCUGAGGCAAGGGCUUGCAGUGUUUCAAGGGGUGGAAAUGGUGCCAAGGCGGGUCCCUCUGAUGAGAGAUCUUUGGACUGGUCAAGUAGGUCGUCAAUAACUGGGGGCUCUAGUGUAAUCCCCAAUCCCAAGGGAGAAGGCCCCGGUGACGGCGAUGAUGAUGUUUGGGAUGGUGCUGGUGGAGGAGUGUUAGGUCUUUGUUCUGUAGGAGGAGGGGUGGUAGGGCUGUCUUCCGCAGGUGAAGACUCUGGGGCAAGGGCCUCUAGUGUUUCAGGGUAUGGAGAUGGUGCCAAGGCGACUCCCUCCGGUGUGAGAAUAUGGGACUUAUCAAAAUUAUCAUUUAUAACUGGGUUCUCAAGUGUGAUCUCUAGUCCCGAGGGAGAAGGGCCCGCUGACACUGCCGGUGGAGGGGUGCUAGGGCUUUGUUCUGCAGGAGGAGGGAUUCUAGGGCUUUCCUCUGACGGUGAGGACUCUGGGGCAAAGGCUUUGGACUCAUCAAAUAAGUCCUCGACGACUGGGGGCUCCCGUUUGAUCUCCGAUUCUGAGGAAGAAGGGCCUGGUGACGGUGAUGCUGACGGGGGUGGAGAUGGUGCCAAGGCCACCUCCUCUGGCUUGAGAACUUGGGACUCGUCAAAUAAGUCGUCGAUAACUGGCAUAACCCCCAGUGUUUUAGGGGGUGGAGAUGGUGCCAAGGCCACCUCCUCUGGCUUGAGAACUUGGGACUCGUCAAAUAAGUCGUCGACAACUUGGGCCUCAAGUGUGAUGUCUGAUCCCGAGGGAGAAGGGUCUGGUGGCGGUGAUGAUGAUGGGGAUUGUGAUGGGGUUGCUGAUGGUGGUGGCGUGGAACUAGGGCUUUCUUCUGGUUCUGAAAACUCUGAGGGUGUUAUGGGGGGUGGAGAUGUUGCUAAGGUAACUUCUUGUGAGCCGUCAAACGAGUCGUCGAUAACUGGGGGCUCCUCAAGCGUCAUCUCCAAUCCCGAGCGGGAAGGGCCUGGUGACGGGGACGCCAUUGGUGGAAGUGCGGCGGCACUAAGGCUGUCUUCCGCAGGGGAAGGGGUACUAUGGCUCUCUUCUUGAGGGGAAGACUCUAGGGCAACGACAUUUGGUGUCUCAGGCGAUGUAGAUGGUGCCAAGCCCUCCUUCUCUGGUGAGAAAACUGGGGUGUCAGCCACUAAGUUGUUGACAACUGGGGGCUCAAGUGUGAUCUCCAACCUCGAGGGAGAAAAGGCUAGUGGAUGUGAAUCGUCCUCAUCUACCAAAAUUCUAGUCCGUUCAACGAUGGCCGGAUGAAGUGUCGACCCCUGCGACUUCUGCACUAGGCGCAAAGUUUGUUUUUUGGCCACUGAUCGCGAACGAAAUGGUCGAGAUCUACGCUGACGUGUGUAAGUUCCGUCCAUCUCGCCUUGUCCUCCCUCGUCUCUCUUCUCUCCUCCUCUCGCCACCGCCUCCUCCUCCACCUUGGCAACUACAAAUCGAUCUUCUGCGGAUUGCUGCAAUGAGUGGCCACUUCGUUCCCCCCCUUGAUUUCCGUUCUUUGAGUAGGUAAUCGAGCUCGACAACCUAAGCUCCCCCCCUGUGUCCUCGGGUGUCACCCUUACCUUCCCUUCAUUAGGGGUCACCCUGGACACCUCUUCACUCCAAGAUACCCUUAAUUCCCUUUCAUUUGCGGAAACCUUUGACAACCCCUCGUUACCAGGGGGUGCGCUGGACCCCCCUUCAUUACGCUUAGUCUUCUUCUUCUUCUUCAACAAAGAAUAUCCUUUUCC